AUGGCCCUCGCCGUCCAUGCUGCAGGCAGACCCGUCCCCGCGCGGAAGAUGCGGUCGCCGGUCACCGCCCGCCGGUGGCCGGCGGCCGUCCCCCUCGGCUCCCGGAUUUUCUCCGCUGCCGUCAGCACCACUGGCGAAAAGCAGUGUCCCGACUGGGCGGAGGCCACGGCGGGGUUCUUCCGUGACGAUUCCAGGCCCAUCAUGCUCUUCGACGGUGAGGAUCCCUCGGGCGCUCUUCCCCCUCCUUUCCUGGUCUCCUCGUAUCUUCUCCUUGGUUUUACCCUAAAACCUUCUCAGGUGUCUGCAAUAUGUGCAACGGCGGCGUUCGUUUUGUGCGCGGCAACGAUCCCAACAGGUUGAGUCCAUUCGUCCUCGUUCUCCUCUUUCCCUCAACAAACCCUCUCUCUCUCUCUCUCUCUCUUUCUCGCUCUCUCUCUAACAUCCGCUUCCCGUCCAGGAGGAUCAGGUUCGAGGCGCUGCAGAGCGAGGCGGGCAAGAUGCUGCUGCAGAGGUCGGGGAGAGCCCCCGAUGACAUCUCCAGCGUCGUCCUCGUCGAGAAGGACAGGUGAGGAGGAUCCCCAGCCCUCGCCCCCUUCCUUCUGUCACAUCUUCGUUCUUUGUAGCGGUGGUGACGAUGGUUUGCUUCUCCGUGCUCUCCAAGGUCUUACAUCAAGUCCGAGGCGGUGCUGAGAAUCAUGGAGUACCUGCGGCUGCCCUUCCCCCAGCUCGCCUUCUUCCUCAAGCUGGCCCCCCUGUGAGCGACCCCUCCUCUUCGCCGUAGCUCUUACCUGACUGAGAGAAGAAAAACACCGCGAUUGAUAUGCACAUAUUUUCUCUUCCUCGCAGGUUCGUGAGGGACUUCGCGUACGACAAUGUGGCGAACAACCGCUACGCGUUCUUCGGAAGAUCCGACUCCUGCGAACUGUAG